CACGGGGUAUGCGAGCUAAUCUGCAGUGCGACCGCUCAGCCUGGCUGUCAGGCUCCGCCCCCCCGGUAUGGUUGUUUUGAUAUUGUCUCGGCUCCCGGUCUGAUUACCGCCUCUGUUAGUUUCUCAGGUCCUCGUUAUGGAUUUCUGAUAUAUGGACCUUGUCCCGUGGAUAUAUCUCCAAUGCCAUCACCCACCUCACAGCGGCCACCGAGGGCAAGGUCUCCAAGCCCCAUGCAAAGACCCCCACGCAUCCAACAUCCUGCCCCGAUGCAGAUCCCACUAACCCCCGCGGAGAGCAGAGCUAGAGGUUCCUCGGGGGCUCGGCUGCCAAGGCCUCCAAGGGCUGGGACUCCAGACAAACUACCAAGACCAGCCAGAACGGAUCCCCCGGUCCCUGCGAUGCGCACUGCUGGUGUAGAUUCCCUGGACUCUGUGUUGAGACCAAACAGGACUGAACCCCCAACCUCAAUUCAGAGGCCUCCUAGAACAGAACCACCACCUCCCAGAUUGGAUCUACACUCUACCAUUCAAAGACCCUCCUGGCCAGAAUUUCCAUGUUCAUUGCAGAGGCCACCAAGAAUAAAACCUCCCCUUCCAAUGGAUAGGACACGUACAGCAGAAACUCUAGUCAUUAAGCAAAGACCUCCAAAUACUGAAAAUUCUCUGCCUCUGCAGAGACCCCCAAGGAUAAAACCACCAGCUCCUCAUGUAGAUACUCAAGCACCUUUUUACAGCACUACAAAAAGAGUCCCUUUAUCUCAGAGGCCUGCUAGAAUAGAUCAUUUGUGUGCCAUUCAAAGGACUAACAUGACCGAAAAUAAAGAGGUCUCUACCAUAAAUCCUUUAGAUCUACGCACCUCAAAUUCCAGUGUUCGGCACACAGGAGGAGGAAUAACAGAACUCUCCUUAAAGAACCCAGAUAGGAAAUAUGUGAGUGAUCCUGAGAUUGGCUGUGAGGAAGCCAGUCCUAAUCUCCAGUGUCUUGUAAAGAGUCUAGAUGCAGAAGAACCCCUGCUUCCCUCAAGGAUAGAAACGGAACCCUCUGGAGGGACACAUGUGGUUCAGCCAUCUGGCCAGCCUGAAGACACUGCUCAGAGAGACCUGUGCGAGAGUGACGAACUGGAGGAUGAUAUAGGGCUUUUUAUAUCAAUGGAGGACACUGACUGUGAGGAUGGGGAGCAGAGGAGGAAGAAGGGAAGGAUCGCUCUGAAGAGGAAGCGUGAGAACUUGCAGGACGAAGCGGAAGCUGCUGUGUCUUCAGACUUGAAUAACUCACUAGAUCGAAGUCUAGAGGACCGAGCGAAACUGCACAACCUGACAGCAGUGAAUGUUAGAAACAUUCUGCAUGAGGUUAUCACAAAUGAGCAUGUGGUGGCAAUGAUGAAAGCUGCAAUCACAGAUACUCAAGAUCUGCCCGUCUUUGAGCCAAAGAUGACACGGUCCAAGUUGAAGGAAGUGGUGGAGAAAGGAGUGGUAAUUCCUACAUGGAAUUUGUCCCCCAUUAAGAAGGUCGGUGAGCAGAAGGCUCGCCAGUUUGUAGAUAUUACACUAGAAGAGGAAGAUUCAUCAGAGGAUGAAGAAUAUUGCCCUGAGAAGGAAGAGGAGGAGGAAGAGGAUGAGACGGCUGAAGAGAGUCUGUUGGAGAGUGAUGUUGAGAGUACGGCAUCCUCCCCACGUGGUCAUAAACGGCCUCGAGUCCAUCAUCUAUCUGAACCCACGGAAGAGCCCAUGGAUUGCAAUCCGGCUGCGGAAAUAGUGCCAGAGCUUGGUGAACAUGGUGAGUCUGAAGUUCCAGUGAUGGGCCCUCCUCCUCCUCCCCUCAAAAUGAAAUGCAUUCAGGAUAUUACUUUUAUGGAUGAGCUACAUGCUGUAGACGAGGAAUUGAAUAGCAGCACAGUGUGCAUGGAUUCCUUCCAGACAAUCUGUCCAGACAGUCUGAUUGCUUUACGUACCCGCUCCAAGAGACCUCUGAAGAAUGUACCCAUAGGGCAGCUGGAGGCCAAGCUCAUGGCUCCAGAUAUCACACCUGAUAUGUAUGACCCCAACACUGCAGAUGAUGAGGACUGGAAGAUGUGGCUAUGCAGCCUUAUGCAAGAUGACGUGGGAAACGAAGAUGAGGCUGAUGAUGACGAUGAUCCAGAAUACAAUAUCCUGGAAGAUUUGGAUGAACCAGAUACAGAGGAUUUCCGCAAUGACAGAGCUGUGAGGAUCACAAAGAAGGAAGUCAGUGAAUUGAUGGAAGAACUCUUUGAUACGUUCCAGGAUGAAUUGGGCUAUUCCAAUUUGGAAGAAGAGGAGGUUGAGGAUGAUGAUAGUAACCAAGGAGCUGCUCACAACCGUUCUCAUCUAGAAGAGGAAGAAGAUGAGGACAGCAAACAAGAACACAUUCCCAACUUCAACAUCCCUCAAGCAAUACGGUUUGAGGAGCCACUUGCUAAUAUCAUAACGGAGCAGCAUCGCACCGUGAAGGCUAAGCUUCAGUUCCUAAGGAUGAAGAAAACUGUAUUAAAACCUCCAGCACAGGUCCCUGAGGAACCCAAGUCUCUCCACGCUCCCGAGUAUGAGGACAGGCUUGCCAUUGAGCCCAAGGCUCCUGUUGUGCUGACUCUUAAUGCAGGGCAGAGGCAAAGACUUCAGCAGCAGAUGCAGCAGCACGUCCAGCUUCUGACCCAGCUAAAUUUGCUUUCGAGUAAAAACCCUGGACUAAGCUUUGAGACCGACACUACGCGCUUGUUUCUGGUUGAACUUUCUAGUUUUGCUGAAAAUUCUGUCCUAACCCAUCGGCCAAAGAACCCUGUUUUUCAAAGUAUGUUUCAAGCAAGUAACCUAAGAGAUGCAAUGCAACUGCACUUCAAUUUUCACUCUCAGGUUCCAGAGAACAUUGAGCCUCCCAAGCUGAUAAAAAAAAAUGGCAGUGAAAUUCCCAGCCUUCCUACAGACAUUGCCUGGAUUCUGGCCACACAGCCUGUUUUCAUGUACCCGGAACUCCUGCCUACAUGUGGUCUGAAAGUCAGAGGACCUCGCGAUAAAGUGUAUUUUACCAAGGGUGAAGACAGUUUGCUGGCCCUGGGACUUAAGCAUUUUGAUGGAAUGGAGUUUUAUAAAACUCUUAUCAGCAAGUAUCUUAUUCCAGGAAAGACUUCCCAGCAGCUGAAGGCCCACAUUAAAAAUGCCACCAUGCAGAAGAGUCAAGACAAUAUCAUAAAGUAUUUAAAGAGGAACAAAUCACUGCCUGAUCUUGCAAAAUGCUGUGAUAUUAUCCAGGCAUACGAUGGCAAACCGCCAGUGGACAGAGAGAAGCACAGACUGCCGUUCUGGCUGAAGGCCAGCAUGACCAGCAUUGAGAAAGAAAUGAAAAAAACAGAGAGAGAUUCACAGAUAUCGGGAACCGAAAGACUAACAACCAAAUACCCUCUGGUAGCACCUCGAGAGCUCCAGCUCACACUUAAACCUCUACCGUCACCAUUUGUCCGCAAAAUCUGGCGACAGAGGAAACACAAUUUGAAGCCACUUCUUAUCCGACCUUCUAGCAGCACGAACAACAACAACAACAACACUACAAAUAAGCCAUUACUCAACCAAUCCUCUGACAUGCAGCCCUUGCCCAUCACAAUAUUGGGUCAGAUGCCUUCUCUUAAUCAAUCCACCAGACCUGUUCAGGGCAUUGUAGGAGUAAAUUCUGUAUGUGUGCCUUCUGAUAUUACAAACUCCAUCGUAUCUUCUGCUCCACAUACUCCUUUUGUCACACAUGUUCCUCUGCCCCAGCCUACAAUCAUGGUCCCUGCUCUGACCAGACAGGGAGUCCAGAAGCCUAGUAUAAAGACCUUGGACAAGACUCCUUGUUCUCAAGGAACUCCACUCAUUCAUUCUACUCCUGUCAUAUUUACUGUUCCUAAUGGAGCAUUGAAGCUGGUAAGUCUUGGUACAUCCUGUGGUGUGAUACAGUCAAUUGGUACUAGACCAGGCAUUCCAGUCACUACAGUUCUUCUGAAUCCCUCCUCUGUAAAACAAACCCUAAUUACUUCGCCCUUUAAUCAGACACUUUUUGACAUGUCCCCAGUGCUUCGUGAGGGCCAAAGAAGUGUGACUUUUGAGACUAUUUUAUCAGACCCAGGGAAGAGCAAAAAGGAACAUGAUUGGGGCUGUGUGUCCAUCAACAUGAAAAACGAAGGUUCUUCUGUAAGUGAAGAGGGGAACCAUGGAGAACCAAAUGCAGGAGAGCAGCAGGAAAACUGUGUCCAGUCAUGCUCUCCUGUGGCUGAGAAAUUAAAAUGUGAUACAGAAGAUAGGAAAGAUUGUUUACUAGACAGCAAACCGUUGCACAUAGGUUAUUGUUCUGAUAAUUCAGUACUCCCCGAUUUAGCCUCAAGUGACUGUAAACCUGAGAUGGAAUCUAAAGAUAAAGCUGUACAGAUUUCUCUAAUGGUGGAGUUGCACAGUCUUCAGGAGUCAGAUAUUAAAAAGGAGGACCAGGAAGAAUUUGAUGUAGGGACGUCUGACUCAUCCAGUAUCCACAUUGUAAAAAUAGAGGAAGAUUGCCCUCCAGAUGAAGGGAAUUCUGCAGAGGCUGCAAAUAUUUCUCAAACUCUAGCGUAUCCAGAGAUUAAAAAAGAUGAGGAUCAGUGGGAUGUGGGUAUUUGUGAUUCAUCAAGUAGUCAACUUUUAAAGACAGAGCAAUUAAAAUAUUCAGAGCAAGAUGAUCAUGCACAACUUCCAGAUCAAGCUGAAGCCCCAAUGUCCGACCCUCCUGCAGAGCCAGCGGAUGCCCCAAUGUCCGACCCUCCUGCAGAGCCAGCGGAUGCCCCAAUGUCCGACCCUCCUGCAGAGCCAGCGGAUGCCCCAAUGUCCGACCCUCCUGCAGAGCCAGCGGAUGCCCCAAUGUCCGACCCUCCUGCAGAGCCAGCGGAUGCCCCAAUGUCCGACUCUCCUGCAGAGCCAGCGGAUGCCCCAAUGUCCGACCCUCCUGCAGAGCCAGCGGAUGCCCCAAUGUCCGAUCCUCCUGCAGAGCCAGCGGAUGCCCCAAUGUCCGAUCCUCCUGCAGAGCCAGCGGAUGCCCCAAUGUCCGACCCUCCUGCAGAGCCAGCGGAUGCCCCAAUGUCCGACCCUCCUGCAGAGCCAGCGGCUGCCCCGGUCCCUGACCCUCCUGCAGAGCCAGCGGCUGCCCCGGUCCCUGACCCUCCUGCAGAGCCAGCGGCUGCCCCGGUCCCUGACCCUCCUGCAGAGCCAGCGGCUGCCCCGGUCCCUGACCCUCCUGCAGAGCCAGCGGCUGCCCCGGUCCCUGACCCUCCUGCAGAGCCAGCGGCUGCCCCGGUCCCUGACCUUCCUGCAGAGCCAGCGGCUGCCCCGGUCCCUGAAUCUUCUGCAGAGCCAGCGGCUGCCCCGGUCCCUGACCCUCCUGCAGAGCCAGCGGCUGCCCCGGUCCCUGACCCUCCUGCAGAGCCAGCGGCUGCCCCGGUCCCUGACCCUCCUGCAGAGCCAGCGGCUGCCCCGGUCCCUGACCCUCCUGCAGAGCCAGCGGCUGCCCCGGUCCCUGACCCUCCUGCAGAGCCAGCGGCUGCCCCGGUCCCUGACCCUCCUGCAGAGCCAGCGGCUGCCCCGGUCCCUGACCCUCCUGCAGAGCCAGCGGCUGCCCCGGUCCCUGACCCUCCUGCAGAGCCAGCGGCUGCCCCGGUCCCUGACCCUCCUGCAGAGCCAGCGGCUGCCCCGGUCCCUGACCCUCCUGCAGAGCCAGCGGCUGCCCCGGUCCCUGACCCUCCUGCAGAGCCAGCGGCUGCCCCGGUCCCUGACCCUCCUGCAGAGCCAGCGGCUGCCCCGGUCCCUGACCCUCCUGCAGAGCCAGCGUGUGCCGCGCUCUAUGACCCUCCUGCAGAGCCAGCGGCUGCCCCGGUCCCUGACCUUCCUGCAGAUGCCGCAAUGUCGGACCCUCCUGCAGAGCCGGCAGAUGGCGCAAUGUCCGACCCUCCUGCAGAGCCGGCAGAUGGCGCAAUGUCCGACCCUCCUGCAGAGCCGGCAGAUGGCGCAAUGUCCGACCCUCCUGCAGAGCCGGCAGAUGGCGCAAUGUCCGACCCUCCUGCAGAGCCGGCAGAUGCCACAAUGUCCGACCCUCCUGCAGAGCCAGCGAUUCCCGCAAUGUCGGACCCUCCUGCAGAGCCGGCAGAUGGCGCAAUGUCGGACCCUCCUGCAGAGCCGGCAGAUGGCGCAAUGUCGGACCCUCCUGCAGAGCCGGCAGAUGGCGCAAUGUCGGACCCUCCUGCAGAGCCGGCAGAUGGCGCAAUGUCGGACCCUCCUGCAGAGCCGGCAGAUGCCAUAGGGCCUGAUAUACAAGACUCAAACACCGAGAGGAGAAAUGAACAGUAUCCUCUUCUGAAGGAAAAGGAAUAUGUUCUAAAUGAGACUCAAGGUCAGGAUUCGGCUGGUCAGGUAGAGUCCCCUCAAAAUACACCACCCUGUAUGAAUGGUGAUGUAGACAUGAGCAGUCCAUCUGAAAUGCCCCAAGACUCCUCCAGUCCCCUGGGUCAGCAGGAUGGGAGCAAUGAAAAAGACCUACCAGAAGAGGAAGAGGAGGAAGAUUUUGACGACUUAACACAGGAUGAAGAUGAAGAAGAAAUGUCUUCUGCUUCAGAGGAAUCUGUGCUCUCUGUUCCUGAGCUGCAGGAGACCAUGGAGAAACUGACGUGGCUGGCAUCAGAGAGGCGAUUAAGUCAGGAGGGAGACUCUGAAGAGAACUCUCAGGAGGAGAACUCCGAGCCAGAGGAUGAAGAAGAAGAGGAGGAGGUAGAAGGGGCGGAGAGCUCCACAAGGAAAGAUGAAGAAAUGACUGAUGAGGUGACUGCCGAGAGCACCACACCUGCACCCACUCAUCCCCACAUUCCUUCUCCUGUUCCCAUGGAAAGCUCUGCAGCCCCAGCAGGUGAAGUGCGUAAAGGAGGAAGUAAGGGGAGGACGGCUCACAGAGUAAGGAGCAGGCGGGGUCGUGCGCGUACCAGUAAAGAUGCGUCCAAACUUCUCCAUCUGUACGAUGAGAAUAUCCUGCUAAAAGAUCCCCUUAGGGAACAGAAGGAUAUGGCAUUUGCAAAGGAGUAUCUGAACAGGGUACGAGAAGCACUCAAGGUCGUGCCUGGUAAAUAUGAGCAGUUCUUGCACUUAAUCUAUCAGUUUGAGACCAACAAAGAUACCAGGACAGCAGUGGACCUGUAUGAAAACCUAAGGAAAAUUCUCUGUGAUUGGCCAAAACUGCUAAAAGAUUUUGCUGCUUUCUUAUUACCAGAGCAAGCGCUGGAGUGUGGGCUGUUUCAAGAGCAGCAAGCCUUCGAGAAAAGUCGCACGUUUCUUCGACAGUUGGAGAUUUGCUUCCUGGAAAACCCAGCUCAGCACCAGAAGAUCAUUAAACUGCUUCAGAGUUUUGCAGAAUGUCCCCUCCAGGAGAUUAGCAAGCUAAAGGCUCAGAUGUGUCAACUUUUGAAAGGCCACCAUCAUUUGCAAGAGGAGUUUUCUCUGUUUUUCGACCACCUCAGACCUCCAGCAAGCCGAAUGGGAGAGUUUGAAGUUUUGAACUGGACUGAAGACAAAGAUUACAAAUUUGAUGGUUUUGAAGAGGUUUCAUUGCCAGACAUUGAGGAAGAGGAAGAAGGGAGUAAGGUUCAACCACCUCAGAGGAGCAAGAGGAAGAAGGAUGUGAACCACAUACAGGAUGUUGAUUGGGUGGAUGGAGGGAAAGAUUGUCCUUGCUCUUGCCAUGAAGUGGGAGGAGAACAAAGACUGAAGCGGUGUAAGAGGAGGAUGUGUAAUCAGUGUAGCAAUAAGGUAUGCGAGAACCGAACUCAAAGAAGCAAGGAGAUGCUGGAAGGAGUAAGUGGAGGGCCACAGGGUGCCGCGCGCCAUGCAUCCUCCUUAAAGGAAGCUGGCAGGAAAGAAGAUUGUGAAGGAAGAUUGGCUGGAGCUAAAGGAACGCCACUGGCAGACGGACUGAUGGCAGGAGCGAAAGGAACUGUUGGCGGUAGAGCAUCAUCCAUUCCCGACAAUGUGGUCUCUACAUCGAAGUCCCGGAAUACUGGCUGUGCUGUCUACAGUAAACGGAAGCCUCCCACAUUGGGUCACAAAAGUGGCAGGAAAUCCUUGGCAGUUACGCGUCCAGAUCCUGAUCUACCAUCACAGAAAGCUUUGGAUAGUUUCUCCCAUCUACCCUCCUCUCCUCCUCUUCCCCCAACAUGUACCUCCGUAACUGCUGCUGCAGACGACAAAGAUAACAUGGAAAGCAUCCCAAGUUGUUCCACCUCCCAAAAAAUGGACUCUACAUCAGAUGGUAGCCAGGAGACCCAGGAGAGUAAAGAUGUUUACACUCAACAAGAAAAAUGCAGCGAAAAAGAGGAACAGACUCUUACUGUAUGCGCCAAAAACAUUACGGUCAGCUCGAGUGGAGAAAAGGUCAUCCUCUGGACCAGGGAAGCAGACCGCGUUAUCCUUACAAUGUGUCAGGAGAAAGGAGCUCAGGAUGAAACAUUUGAUGCAAUCUCUUCAAAACUUGGAAACAAGACUCCAGCUGAGGUCUGUCAACGUUUCAGAGAGCUUGUCAAUCUCUUCCUGGCAGCAUGUGCUACCAGCUCCGAUGAAGAAGAGGAAGUGGCUGAGCAGAUAUCUGAUGAGGAUUAGGCUGGAGAGAUGGACUUGUGUAGAUAAGAACUUGUAUAAAUAUGUAUUAUUUGUUUUAGGAUGUGUGCUUGUGACAUUAAAUUUAAAUUAAUGUUACUGA